AUGGCGUCUGUUCUCAAGCGCCCGGCUUUGGGGCAACUCGCUGGUUUGGGAAGUCUCUACGAUGCCCGUAGUGACGCCUUCGUUCGGUUGUCCAUGUUCGACGAAUCUCUUCCUCCCAACACUGUCGAGACUACAGAAAACCGGACUUCAAACCUCAAAUUUAUCUUUGAUGAUACGCUAAAGGGCAAGUUCGAUGCUUACGGCACAGAGGGAUCUGGCCUCUAUAUAUCCGACAAACGCGACACGAACCAUGCCACGCAGUGCUCUCUAUUUUACGAUGUCACGACUGUAGAAGAGAAGCUCAAUCUCACUUCAAGUGACGUCAAGAAAUGCGUCGAACUACGCGAACUGGACGCUGAUGUCGCUACUCACGUGGUGACUGGUAUCAGUUGGGGUCAAAGCUAUGUGUUUACCACUAAACAGCCACUGCACCCUCCUGAAAACAGCGGCAAUGUUUCGAGAAAAUUAGCAGCAACCCUCACUCUGAUCGAAGAACAGUUACUCGGACAUGAGUUUCGGAUACUUGAUAUCAAGACUGACAUCACCUACCGUCAGUUGGGGGCCGACUGCGCCAAAGAAUGCGUGCAGUUGUUUGACGAUAUCCAAGUUGUAAUCCAGCAACUUAAUGACUAUAUCAUCGGAUUGAAGAACCACCCUUCCGGCUUUCCGCCUGGACAUGCUGAAUCGACAGCACAACUUUUUGUCAAGUACAAAAGUCUUGGAGACCUACCACAGAUCGAGUUCGCAAGCUUGGUUAAGGACGCUCGAGGUUGCAUGGCGAGUGACCAGGAUCUUUUAAGUCGACUCACAGAACUUUGGGGCGAUAAUUUGCCUCAAAGCGUUCUGCCCGCCAUGACAUACAAAGAGUCUAUGAAUUUCCAAGAUCUUCUCAUAGACGAAUGA